AUGGAGUCUUUAAACAUCAUUCCUCCAUCAGUACUUGUUCGGGUUACGGAGUAUAUAGAUGCAAUAAUAAAAUAUGUGAAACAAAUUAUAGAUAAUGGCUUUGCAUAUGUUGCUCCAUCUGGAUCGGUGUAUUUUGAUACAAAUCGAUUUGCAAGUUCUCCUAUGCAUUUUUAUGCUAAGCUUGUGCCAACUGCAUAUGGGGAUACUAAUCAACUGGAAUCUGGAGAAGGUGAACUGUGUAUAACAGGAGAGAAAAAGUCACUGAAUGAUUUCGCUCUAUGGAAAGCAUCCAAACCCGGAGAACCUUUUUGGUCUAGUCCUUGGGGUAAAGGCAGACCUGGAUGGCACAUAGAAUGUUCAGUUAUGGCUAGCGAUAUUCUUGGGGAUACUCUUGAUAUACAUAGUGGUGGAGUCGAUCUGAAAUUCCCACACCAUGAUAAUGAACUGGCACAGUCUGAAGCCUACUUUGGACAUUCCCACUGGGUUAACUAUUUCCUUCAUUCUGGUCAUUUAACUAUAUCCGGUUGUAAAAUGUCAAAAUCUUUAAAAAAUUUCAUAACUAUUCGUGAUGCUCUUAAAACUCAUUCAUCUCGACAAAUUCGUUUGAUAUUUCUUUUACAUUCCUGGCGUGAUACUAUGGAUUAUAGUGUUGAUACAUUAGCAGAAGCUGUUGGUUUCGAGAAACAGUUAGUUGAUUUUUUGUACACCUGUUCAAAUAUUCAGUUUCUGGCGAAGCAAUCUUUGUCGAAUAAACACGAUUUGGAAGAAACUGAGAACGGUGACUUUCAACAGACUCUUGUGGAUAUACAACACAAAGUAUAUGAUGCAUUAUGUGAUUCUUGUGAUACUCGAUCAGUUCUGGAUUGUAUUAAAGUUUUAAUGUCUGAAGCUGACUCAAGAAUAUUCAGUCGUAUUGAACCAAACAAGUGUAUUUCCAAACUGGCUGAUGAUGCAUUCGCUACAGGUCGUUUUAUUCUUCAAUUGCUGCGUAUUUUUGGAGUUGCUGAUCACACUGCUGUUGCUGCUGGUUCUCCGGUACCAUCUGGAGCUAUCAUAGCCGGUGGUAAAGUUCCAGAACAUCAUGAAAGUAUUCCUUUAAGAGAAGCUGAUGAAAGUGCAUUUGGUUUUCGUAGUUGGCUUUCUCUCGAUACGCUAACUGAAGAACGUCUUAUAUCCAGUGUACAUAAAUCGUUGGAAGCUUGUUCCAUUUUUAUUCAAGCUAUUAUUCAUGAAGGUGACACAUUUAAGGAGAUUGUGAAUACUUUCGCCUAUGAAGUGCAGAAACAGUAUGGAAUUGAUUAUUCAAUGUGCAAUCAGAUGAAAGGCAAUCUUUGGAAUGCAUUUUGA